GGCGUCCCAACUCUUAUCUUUUAUCAUUUGCGUUCUUUUCAGAUUUGAAUGUCAAAUCCACAAAAAAGAUUGUGCCGUAGAUUAGCUUCCUCUAGUAGCUACUUGUUUCCGUUCGAAGUUCGGUGCUUUACAUUAGAUCUUUUGUUGCAGCCAUGACAUCCAGAGGACUUUCAGUAGCUCUUAGGAAUGCUCCUCGAUUGCUGCAGCAAUCACAUCGCACCGCUGCUCACUUUACCUAUAUGCCAUCAGGGGUGAAACCGGAAAUCGCAAGCGCUGGCGGUCCUCUAGAGAAGAUGAAUCUUUGCCAAGCAGUCAAUAGUGCACUACAUAUAGCAAUGGAAAAGGACGACACAGCAUUGUUGUUCGGAGAAGAUGUUGCGUUUGGAGGAGUAUUCAGAUGCACGGUGGGAUUGAAGGACAAAUUCGGUGAGGAGCGUGUUUUCAACACUCCUCUCUGUGAACAAGGUAUUGUCGGAUUCGGCAUUGGAGCAGUUGUGGGUGGUAGCACAGCCAUCGCUGAGGUUCAGUUUGGUGACUACAUCUUCCCAGCAUAUGACCAACUUGUCAAUGAAGCAGCAAAAUACCGUUACCGAAGCGGAAAUAUGUUCAACUGCGGUGCUCUUACCGUGCGAGCCACUUAUGGUGCUGUAGGACAUGGAGGCUUGUAUCAUUCGCAAAGUCCUGAAGGAAACUUUACCCACACACCUGGACUGAAGAUAGUGAUUCCACGCGGACCCGUGCAGGCUAAAGGUCUUCUUCUGUCAUGCAUUCGAGAUCCCAAUCCAUGUAUCUUCUUCGAACCAAAGGUUCUUUAUCGACUGGCUGCUGAAGAGGUACCCACUGGGGAUUAUAUGAUUCCAUUGAGUAAAGCGGAUGUUGUCAGAGAAGGAAAGGAUGUCACGAUAGUAACCUGGGGUACCCAGGUGCAUGUAGCACUUGAAGCAGCACAGUUAGUUAAGGAAAAGCUAAAUAAGAGUGUGGAGGUAAUUGACUUAGAGACCAUUGCUCCUUGGGACGAAGAGACUGUGGCAAAGAGUGUGACGAAGACCGGUAGGCUCAUAGUAUCCCAUGAAGCACCUAUGACUUCUGGCUUCGGAGCAGAGAUAGCAGCUUCAAUACAGCGCCGAUGCUUCUUGAACCUUGAGGCACCAAUCGAACGGGUUUGCGGUUUCGACACCCCUUUCCCUCACGUUUUUGAGCCAUUCUAUCUUCCAACCAAAUGGAGAUUACUAGACGCCGUUAAGAAAUUGUUGAAGUACUAGUAAACUUGAAGCCAUCCAUCUCUUCCUUAUCGGCUGGAUCGGUUGAACUUCUAAGCUUUUUUAGAGCUUUGCAUUUUUUCGCAUUUCUUCUUCCUUCGCUUCCCGCAGAGAUUCUAUAACUUUUAAAUUUUCUUGUUUCAUUGGUGCAUUGCCUUUCAGGUGUCAUUUUAUUCUCAUCCGCUCCGGAAUAGGUGAUGGUUGCUAGAUAUAGCUAUGCUUAGGUCUUCUUUUGCUAGGUGAAGCUUUCUUGACCCAAGUAACGGUCAUUAAUGCUGUUGCAAAAACA